GCAACGCUCACUAUACGAUGCGCAUAAUCUCUGCAUCGAUUGGAUUCAAAGAAAACUUUAUUGGAUACAAGAGAACACAACGGGAAUAUACGUUAUAAAGCUAGACUUAACAUUGUGGCAACAAAUGAGCAUAGUGAAAUAUGAUGAAUUAAUUAUAUCCAAAAAAUUAGAUAUAGUACAAUUUUUAUAUGUACUGCCAUCAACAGGAUAUAUUUAUUGGUGCCUUUUUGCCCAGUCUGAAAUAAUGCGAUCGGAUUUAGAUGGAAAAAACACGAAAGUUCUUAGCAAAGACUGCUGUAUUGAAUACCUACAAAUCAAACCCACCUUCUUACAGACUGAUACAACAAAUAUUGAACCGUUAUUGUAUUGGAAAACAGUUUCAAAUGACUUAAUCAUAACAGAUAUUAAUGGUUGUGAAUGUUAUUCGAUUUCAAGGUUUACAAAUCAAUACGAUUUUAAAUAUUUAACGUUUGACAAAACAAACGUUUACGUGUUCAACGAAUACAAAAACAAAAUCUAUAUUUUUAACAAAAUACAUCGUUUUUUCCGAAACAAAGAACAUAAAUUUGAAUAUGUACGUACCGUACGUUACCGAGAAAAUUCUGAUUAUGGAAUCAAGACACUCACAUCUCUUGAUAAAACUUUACAACCAUAUCCCCAGACGAAAUGUCUGAUACCUAACAUGAAAGAUUAUCGUAUUGAAGAAUUGAAUAAAAUCGUACACAAUACCACCAUAAGCCUUCCGGAGCCGAUACUCAAUGACGGAUGCAAAAAGUACAACUUACCCACUACUUUAUAUAUCAUAUCCGUGAGUUAUUUAAUAUGUUUGGACAAUGGCAGUAACAAGUUCGAGCAAUAUAAUGUGUCAACGUGCGAACGACAUCAUACAUUCAAGAAUUUAAUGCCGUUCACAGAAUAUACGCUAAAGCUGGCACUGAGUAAUUUUUACUUUGACAAGUUAUCAAUGAAUUUACAAUUCGGUUCGGAUGUGAAACUGAUGAUUCUAGGGAAGAUCGACGCGCCAAAAGAUGUGACGGUUCAAAUUUUAACGCCAACUUUAGCGAUAGUUUAUUGGAUGCCAUCUAAGAAACUAAACUGCGUGACACUGAUCUACGAGGUGCAUUGGAUGCAAUAUUCAAAUAAAACGCAAGAAAUAAUACAAAAGUCGUCGCCCUUCAUAAAACUUGUUGAUAAGAUCGAACAUACGACAGAUGGGAAGCUUUUCACGACAAUUCUUCUACAGUCACAACAUAACUAUCAGAUAUAUGUGCGUGUGUAUCCACACAACUUCAGUCGGUUCUUCAAUGAUAGUUUAAAUAAAAUGAUCUACACGUCAGAACCGAAUAAUUUAAAUUUAAGCGGAGUCAGUACAAUUAGUAUGAAUGUCUCAUGGAAUUCUAGCGUUAAUUUGACGAUCCACACGGAAUUCCGUCCCAUACUGGAAUACAAAAACAACGUGAUGCGGGAGUGGCAAAUCGCGAAUAACAGCGACAGAAAUAAUAAUACAAUAACAUAUUAUAUAAAGAAUUUACUGCCGCGAACUCUAUACAAUUUCCGUUUGAUCCUGAGAUAUCCCGAAUACAACGAUUUUAUAUGGCCUGAAAAAGGAUUCAAUUUUGAAACGCUUGGUAAUGUACCAAGUGCUCCUGGGAUACCUAUGGUAACAAAACUUCCAAAUUUGACGUAUCAGUUGAACUGGGAACCUGCGCAAGCUCAUGAUUCACAGGUGAUUUUGUAUAGACUGGAAGGUUUAAUUGUUGAAAAUAAUUACGAAGGAAGCAAUCAGACUGGCAAACACAAUCAUUGGAAUUUAUACUAUAAUGGAACAGAUAAUUACUGCUGGAUAACUCCGAUAGACAUAAAUCAGAAAUAUCGAUUUCGUGUGCAGGCUAAAAACGUUUAUGGUUUUGGAAAAUGGAACGAAACAAGAGCGGAUAUUAAUUUAUCAGAAUCUGUCGAAGUAUCAACUAUACAAUACCUAAUACCAUACAUAUAUAAUUUUCUGCCAUUUAUAUUGAGUCUUAUCGCUACCAUCGUAAUCUGUUAUGUUUAUUACUUUUAUUGUUGUAAGUAUAAUUGUAAUAAUAUUAGUUUAUUUGCUGAAAAUGAUUUAAAUUUUGCAAAGUACGGUAUUAAAUGUAUUACAACGCUUAUUUAUUUAACACGCAAGCAUCGUUAUCAUUUGCAGUUAACAACUGCAAACGAAACACGUUACGUGAGCUAUGAACCCAACUUUGUUCACGAUGCUAAACCGCAAAUUGAUCUCGACGAAUUUGCACCAAUCACAAUAAAAAAAGAGCAAAUUACCGUACAAAAUCUUUUAGGUAGCGGCGCAUUUGGAGAAGUAUAUCAAGGAAGUGUUGAAAUGUUAGAAAUGUUAAAAACAAUACCUGUUGCCAUAAAGAUGUUACCAGAACAUGCUACUUCGGAGCAAAAAUAUGAAUUCUUGAAAGAGGCCCAGAUUAUGAAAAACUUUGACCACAAACAUGUGUUGAAAUUAUUGGGCAUCUGUCUUGAGACGAAUCUACCAUGGCUUAUAUUGGAAUUAAUGGAAGCUGGUGACUUAUUAACUUUUUUGAGAGAGAGUCGGACGUUGCAACCUUCACAUCCGCACGCUUUGAGUCUACAAGACUUGCUUGCCAUGUGCGAAGAUGUUGCACGGGGUUGUCGCUACUUAGAAGAACAACGCUAUGUGCAUAGAGAUCUCGCGUGUCGAAAUUGCUUAAUAUCGACAAAAGAUCGCGAACAUCGAAUUGUCAAAAUCAGCGACUUUGGACUAGCUAGAGAUAUUUACGAACGGAACUCUUACUACAUGGAAGGAGGAACCCCACUUCCCGUUCGCUGGAUGGCACCGGAAUCUUUGAAAUACAAAAAAUUUACUUUACAAAGCGAUGUGUGGGCAUUCGGAGUACUAAUGUGGGAAAUUACGUCAUUAGGUCAGCUACCAUAUGUUGCCAUACAUAAUAGCAAAAUAAAGGAGCAUGUGUGUGCGGGGAAUAAGUUAUCAAAACCUCGUAAUUGUCCAGAUAAAUUGUACGAAUUAAUGCAAAGUUGCUGGAAUGUUGUGAACCAAAGGCCAACAUUCAGACUUUGUCUGGAAAAUGUAGAAAUCUUGAAAGUCGAAAUACAAGACGCUGUGCUAAUUCCUUAAAAUAUUAGCACACAUAUACAGCUCCCUUCUAAAAAAUGUUGAUACCUUCAAAUGGAAGAUCUUAACUGAAGCACAGUCGUG